AUGAUAGAGACUGUGCUCAUUGUUCGCCACGCGUUUCGGUCCAACUGGAGUGUGGAUCCUGCAACAGGACAGUACACCGCGUUACUAGUCAAAUCUCCGACCGGCAUCCCGACCGAUCCUCCGUUGACGUCGAAAGGCGUCCAACAGUCCAGAGAACUUGCAGACUAUCUUUCCAGUAUCGAGCCGCCAGUCGAUGUCAUCUACUCAAGCCCCUUUUACCGGUGUCUGCAGACGCUCAAGCCAUUCACUGACCGACACUUUGGUGGUGGCAACUCUGUCGGGAAGAUCAGAAUUGAUCGUGGGAUAGGUGAAUUUUUUGGCCGCGCGGACUGGGAACAUCCACACCCACCGACCCUGGAGAUCCUGAGCCCUCACUUCGAUUACCUGGAUCAAGACCAUGUCUCAAAGCACGUUCCGGCAUCAAAGGGUGAGAUGAUUAUCGAACUUCAUGAGCGCGUACGCAAGGCUCUGGACCACAUCAUCACCACGCUUGACAACGAUCCAGCGCAACCUAAAACACUCUUGAUCUGCAGUCAUGCCGCUACAAUAAUAGCAGCCGGGCGAGUACUCACUGGCCAGAUGCCAGAGGACCCAGAUACAGAUGACUUUCAGUGCUUCACUGCAGGGCUAUCGAAGUUUGUCCGCCGAAGCAACGACCCUGUGCAUGGCGUAGCUGGUAAUUGGGACUGUGUACUCAAUUCCGAGACAUCUUUCUUGUCAGGGGGCGCCGAGCGAGGCUGGAAGUUCAAUGGGGACGAAAGCUUUGUAGCGUUCCCUGACGCUCCGGCAUCAGCUGAUGGAUCCAAGCUGUAG